AUCUUAGGUUUAAAUUAAUACUUUACUUACUUUAUUUUGGUGAAUAUGUGCGUCCGUACUGCUUAAUGUAUUGUGUUUUUUUAGAUAUGUACUCUAUGCAGUAGAAGCUGUUGAUAGGCCCAGUUUGAUUAGACUGAUUGUUUCCGAGCUCUACAGCGCCCCCCAGCGGCUCCUUCCACAUUAUAACGAGCUGCGUGUGGUCGGCGCGGCGCAGUUCACCCACCUGCGGAGGAGGAGAGCUCCACCAGCUCCGCCGCUGCACAUCAUGAGGGGCGCAUCGCAGAACAAGGACAAAACACCGAGCUGGACUGAGCAUCUGGUCUGAGGCUUCCAGUGAGACAUGGUGCUGGCGGAGAGAUGCUCGCGGGCCCCGGCCCCGGUGCAGCGCGCCCCGCGGCGCCAGAGCCUGCCUUCUCCCGCCCUGUGCUGCGCCUGUGGCCUGUGCAUCCUGCUGGCUGGCGUCAACAUCACGCUGGUGGGGGCCUUCGCCUUCGGCACCUUCAUGCCCGCCGGGAACCCGCCCAUCGUCAUCGGACCCCUGCUCCUGUUGGUGGCCCUGGCUUUCUUCACGGCUUGCUGCGUGGUCAGCAGGAGGCCCCCGGCCCACCUGCCCCGCGAGGCCAAGGCGGGUGAGAAGUGGGGGCUGAUGCGGAUGGGGACGGCGGCGUUUGAGAUGGAGACCAGCGAGCACACGCUGCAGGACACCACGGCCGUCCAGCUCAGCCCCACCAACUCCCCCAGCUCCUCCCAGAAGUCCAGCUGCAGCCACAGGGGCUGCGAGCAGCCGGCUCCAGAGCCGCCUGACAAAGGCGAUGACCCCGCCGUGACCUCUGACAGCAACGGGGAGGCGUUCACACAGAUGCUGCCUGUUUACAGCUCCUCCUCCACGUAGCCUGGGGCGUCUCCUGCAGCCUGGCUCAUCGUUCGGUCACAGCCUGACGGGAUGUGCCAAAGUCAGUAGCUUCUGUAUAUAUGAUGAUGUAUAUAAGAACAGAGCAACGACUAUAAGUGCCUGUGUGGGUUCUUGUCGUGUUAAACGUCCUUUUGGGGCAGAUUAUCCUGCAUUUGUGUCCCAUGGAUCGACUGUUGUUAGUGCUCGUCACCUACAGUAAUACAGUGACGAGUGUCUGUCCAAGCUUUUGUGAAUCAUAAAAGCUGUUCCCGAGCGAAGCUGCUGAAUCUCAGCCACAGUUUUUCAAACACUUUGACAGAGCUGUUGUUAUCCUCAUUGCUUGUAUCUGUGUGUAACAGGUGUUUUACCCUCAAUGUAUGUGUCAUAUGUGGUGGUGCCGUGAUUACAGCUGCUCCAGAUGUUCAUAGGCUGAUAGGAUUUAUAAAUAAAGUUUUAAGGUGUGUUUUUGCUCUGA